AUGGCUCUUGAGGUUGCUCCCCGGCUCUCGGCUGCAUAUACCCGGGCCCUUGUGAUGAAGGCCGUCUUCUUCGACCAAGACCGUAUCAAGAAUGUGGGUGCCGUUCUAGCUACCCUUCCCAAAGAUAAACGCAAGGGCGAAUGGAGCCGAGCUGCCAACUUUCUCGACUCCUCACUCCCUAUAUCUGUUCGGGACGAGAUCUCCAUUGCUGUUCGCUGCGCUAUGAUCGCUGCUAUUAUCACAGCGCGAUCUGCUGGUGACACUUCUCUUCCCGAGUCUUUCACCAUUCAAAAGGCAAUCAACAUGUUCAAUCAGCUGCCAAUCGACCCCGUCGAGCUGAGCUUGCUUGGCUUCUCCGCAGUGUACCAUUUGCUGCACCUAUUGGCAUCUGAUGUCGACUAUAUUGUUUCGUCUGACUCUUCUUCGCCUUCUUCGCCUGUAUCCGAGGCCGGAUCCUCUGCAGACGAUGAAGCCGAGGACAAGCCCAGAAUUUCUCGCAAACUCGCUGUCUGCCCGCGUGACAUCCCCAACGUCGGUCGGGUAGCCGCGGAGCUCAUCUACUGGUCCCGCAACGCAUACAACCCAGCAUUCUACGGCUUCUCCUCUAGCCUUGUGGACGUCAUUGUCAAGUCCUGCACAACCGUUUGCGAAAAUGCCGGCGUAAAGGUGGAUGACUAUCUACAGACUCCACCUGAGCCCAUCCCGUCCCGAAAGCGAAAGUUUCGCCGUCGCCGAGGUGGUUCCGACCAGUCAUUACAGAGUGAUGCGGACCAAGACUUGGUUGAGCCCUGUAUGGGAAAGCCGCUACGUCGGGAACGCUCAGCGAGCAAUGACACCGGGUAUGGAAGUCUCAGUCUUGAGGAGGAUGUGCAAUCUACUCCCCAAGUUCCUGAAAGAGUCCAGGAGGUCUCAGCUUGA